AUGCGCCUCCUGGAGUUUGACUUCACAAUCUCGCACGUACCGGGAAAGGACAUCCACACAGCAGAUGUCCUGUCACGCAAACCUGUGUCGGAUCCGAGCACACACGCAGUUUGCAACCUCGGCGAUGCCAUCCCAGUAUAUGAACUACUAGUUCUGGAACUGCUUCCAGCAUCGUCGGCCAUGCUCUCCCAAAUAAAAGAGGAGACUACCAAAGAUCCAGUGACAUCACGGGUCGUCCAGUACUGCCACGCAGAUUCCAUCAGGUCCGAUAAUGGACCCCAGUUUGCCUCUGCAGAAUUUCGUGCAUUUCUAAAGGACUGGGGAAUCUCCCACAAAACUUCCAGUCCCUACUAUGCUCAGAGCAACGGGGCUGCGGAAAGAACCGUCCAGACAACAAAGCAACUUCUGAAGAAGUCUUCGGACAUCCAGCAAGCACUGAUGAUUCAUCGGGCAACACCCGGAAAGGAAGGGUACAGUUCGGCAGAAUUGCUGAUGGGGAGAAGACUGAAGACGAACCUUCCAACCACAAACAGGGCCUCAGAACCGUACUGGAACGACAACGACUUCCGUGCCAAAAACCAACUAUACAAAGGCAGCACCGCAGCUCACUACAACAUGCGCCACAGAGUCCACGAAUACGAGCCACUACAACCUGGCACAACCUUGAAAAUAUCCUAA